AUUCUAACGCAGGAGGAUUGGAAUGUCGUACUAUUCAAUGGCAUGGAAAAGACAAGUCAUUGGGCCGCAUUAUAUUUUGUGGCGCUGAUGACAUUCGGCAAUUAUGUGCUAUUUAAUUUGUUGGUCGCCAUUUUAGUUGAGGGAUUCAGUUCAGAGCGAAAUGAACGUCGCGAACGUGAACAACGUGAGUUAGUGAAAAAAUUACGCGAAGAGACGCUGGCGGAGAAUUUCAGCGAUGCUAUGUACGAUGAAUCGCGUAGCAGUGAAGCCGACUCAACAUCGACCAAUGAAAGUUACUAUGAGGUACGAAAUCGGUGGCAUAGCGCCGAGGAUGUAAGAAAACUACAAGAUGCAACCGAGUUGAUUUUGGAAACGAAAAGUAAUAUGCAAAAGCAACAACAUCAACGUAUGCUACUACAGCCCACACAAGAUUAUCAAAUUAAUGAGAGUUAUUUGAGUGGUGUUGGUGGUGGAAGCAGUGGUUCGGGUAGCGGCAGUGGGCGUAAAUCCAGCGAUAAGGAUGGCAGUAGCAAAAUGUCGAUGGAGGAUGACAAGAAUAAGAAUUUAAAAAAGACAUAUUCUAUAAGAGAGCGUCGCGGCGAUGCACCACGACUUUCACGUAUACGCCCAUUGCGUGAACCGCCCAUAAUUACUACGACCGCCGCAACGCCACAAGACUCGCCCAACACCACACUGGACGGCGGCAUGAGCUUUCGCAGUUGGAAUCCGCAAGAAAUGGAGAUCGCAGACAGUGGCGCUGGCAAUCAGUGCCCUGGUUCGCCGUCAUUACUCAGACCACCCACCAUUUUUAGCGGCGGUCAACGCUCACUCGACGAGGGCAUACCGUCAAUUGAUCUUAUACCACCAUCACCGGUAUUAACGCACAAACCGUUGAAUAUACUAAACGCCAGCCAACUACAAGGAAGCAAUACUAAUCUAAGCAACUGUAAUUUAGUGUCUAACAGUAGUAGUUUACACCCUAGUGCCCUAAGUAGCAAUAAUAGUAUGCAUAGUGUUGUCAUAGAUGAUAUUUCGAAGAAUUCUGAUGCUAGCGCCUCGGGUCCAAUCUUUGUGCCAACAACAAUCUCGACCGUGUCCACACCCAGCAUGGCGCUACCGGCUGGUACAGGCAUCGGCACCGGCGCAGGUUCCACAAAUGGCACUACUAGCGGAUGUGGUGGCGGCAACGCAGUGAGCAGCAUCGAAAUAUCGCCACUGAAUGCCGCCGUUGUCGCUACCACGGGUGCUAUAUCCUUAACGUCGAGCGCUACUACCGCAGCAGCAUUGGUAACGCCGUCGAAUGCCUCACAAGUCAGCAGCAUUGAAACGCCGCCCACACUGCCGUCUACCAACGCUUCAGCGACUAUCAGCACAUCGCUGUCCGGCAUGCAGCGUAUACCGAGCCUAAAGCGUUUCAGACGCAGCAGUUCGAAACGUAAGAAGAAGCCUGCCGAUGCUGGCAGUGGUGCCGAAGAUGACGAACAACAGCAGCUAAACAAUGGCAGUGACAACUCCUUUCUACUGGCUCCACAUUGCAAUGGAGGCGGCGGCGGCGCUAUGCGUUCGGAUGCGUUUCUCAGUCCGUCGCGUACGCCGACUGCCAGCGGCGCAACACUCACAGCCAACAAUCAGACGAAUCAGCAAAAGACGAAAGAUACAAAUCGACUAAGUCCACAAAACUCAAUACGUCGUCUUUCCACAACACUUAGUAUUGGCAGCAUACCGCCGUUGGGUAGCCGUCGUGCCUCUGCGUGCAUCUUUAACUCGCAACUCUAUCAAAACCUGAACCAACCGCCCAAAUUGUAUGCGCCCUCAGCUGCUCACCGGCGUAUGUCUUCAUUUGAGUUGGCCUUCAGCAAGAGUUCGCAAUUGAAUUUACAUAAUUUGGAGGCGAAUCGCAAGUCAAUGUCGUACACGAACUCCAAACUCGAUUUGGAUAAGUGGCAGAAUUCGUAUAUGAAUCUCCCGGAGCCGGAUAUGUUGCAACAAUACAUACAGGAGCGUGAGAAGCGUAAGGGUUCUAUUAGUCACUAUUCGCGACAGCAGCAGCCGCAGCAAAAGCAACAAAAAGAAAACGAGCUGGAAGAUCCACAAUAUUUGAGCGCUGAACAGCAUUCGCGUAUGCAGAGCUCUGGUCAUAUGAGUAAGCUAAAAAUACUGAUCGAACGCUUAAAACCGACAAACCUCACCGAACAAAGAGAGUCAUACUCGCUGUACAUAUUCGCGGAAGACAAUAGGUUCCGUGAGCUGUGUACGUGGUUUGUUGAACAGAAAUGGUUCGACAAUGUUGUCCUGCUGUUUAUCGCACUCAAUUGUAUUACAUUGGCUAUGGAACGACCAAAUAUACCGCCAACGAGUCACGAGCGUUUAUUCCUUGCUACAGCCAACAACGUGUUCACAGCAAUUUUUACAGUGGAAAUGCUCAUUAAGGUGGUAUCGACAGGCAUGUUUUAUGGACCCGAUGCAUACUUCACAUCCGGCUGGAAUAUUAUGGAUGGCUCAUUGGUUACAAUAUCAAUCAUUGAUUUAUUAAUGUCAUUGUUUAGCCAAUCGAGCUCUAAGAUAUUUGGGAUUUUAAGGGUGUUUCGACUACUUCGUUCCCUACGGCCGCUGCGUGUGAUCAACCGCGCCCCGGGUCUGAAAUUAGUCGUGCAAACGCUCUUAUCGUCCCUACGACCCAUUGGCAACAUCGUGCUGAUCUGCUGUACAUUUUUCAUCAUAUUCGGCAUUUUGGGCGUGCAACUCUUCAAGGGCACCUUCUACUACUGUGAGGGCGAGAAUAUUAAAACAGUACGCACAAAAAUGGACUGCUAUGAACAGGGGUAUGAGUGGAAGAAUCGCAAAUAUAACUUCGAUGAUCUUGGCAAUGCAUUGAUGUCAUUAUUCGUAUUGAGCUCACGUGACGGUUGGGUGAAUAUUAUGUAUACCGGUUUGGAUGCUGUGGGCGAGGACAUGCAACCAAUUGUCAAUUACAAUGAAUGGCGUCUACUCUAUUUCAUUGCAUUUAUAUUGCUCGUCGGUUUCUUUGUGCUCAACAUGUUUGUCGGCGUGGUGGUUGAGAAUUUCCAUCGUUGCCGCGAGGAGCAGGAAAAAGAGGAGAAAAUUCGACGCGCCGCUAAACGCGCUUUACAAAUGGAGAAGAAACGCAAACGUAUGCACGAGCCACCAUACUAUAUAAACUAUUCGCCGACACGAAUGUUCGUGCAUAAUGUUGUCACAUCGAAAUACUUCGAUUUGGCUAUAGCCGCUGUGAUCGGUCUGAAUGUAGUCACCAUGGCGUUGGAGUAUUAUGGCAUGAAGGAGCCACUAAUCUAUGCGCUGAAGGUCUUCAACUAUUUCUUCACGGCAGUCUUCAUAUUGGAGGCGAGCAUGAAAGUGUUGGCGCUUGGUUGGCCGGUUUACCUGAAGGAUCGUUGGAAUCAACUCGACGUGGGAAUUGUUUUAUUAUCGGUAUCCGGCAUUAUUUUGGAGGAAUGGCAUACGCAGAAAAUACCAAUUAAUCCGACGAUAAUACGCGUUAUGCGUGUACUGCGUAUUGCGCGUGUGCUGAAACUACUCAAAAUGGCUAAGGGUAUGCGUGCGCUGCUCGACACCGUGAUGCAGGCUUUGCCGCAAGUCGGCAAUUUGGGCCUGCUCUUCUUUUUGCUCUUCUUUAUUUUCGCCGCCCUUGGCGUGGAAUUGUUCGGUCGCCUAGAAUGCUCCGAACGUAAUCCAUGUCAAGGCUUAGGUGAACAUGCACAUUUCGCCAAUUUCGGGAUGGCUUUCCUCACAUUGUUUCGCGUAGCGACUGGCGACAACUGGAACGGGAUCAUGAAGGAUACACUGCGAGAGGACUGUGAUGAUGCGGAUGAUUGCGUGCGCGAUUGUUGCGUUAGCCGGGUCAUAGCUCCAAUAUUCUUUGUGAUAUUCGUUCUAAUGGCGCAGUUCGUAUUGGUGAAUGUCGUCGUGGCUGUACUGAUGAAACACCUCGAGGAGAGCCACAAACAGAUGGAAGACGAAAUGGACAUGGAAGUAGAGCUAGAGCGUGAACUUGUGCGCGAGCAGGAGUUUGAGAGCGAACAGAAGCUGUGCCAGCAGUUAGAACAGCAGACGCAACCGCCACCACCAGCACGCCAGCUGAACAAGAUCAAAUCGUUGCCGAAGAACUUUACCUACAGCACGCCAUCGCUGGAUAAGAAAUUCCCAAGCGUGUUGAGCGGCAUCGGCAUCGGUGGUGGUGUUAGAGCCGCCGGCCUUGCUGGCCGCCGUCAAACCGUGCAAUACAUCAAUCAACCGAAUAGUAUUGGUUUGGCCGAACUGGGACGCGGCACACAAAUUGGCGCCGGUGUAGGUGCUGCUGUUGGCAGCAAUGUUGCGGCUGGUGGUAGCGGUGGUGUUGGCGCAAGUGGUGCACUACUCGCACCGCAAGCGCUCAAUGCGCGUCUUAACGCAUCAGCUGCGGAGAACAGCUUCGAUACAAAACUCCAACUUCAACCGACCGCCGGUGCACUGGGACGGCGUGGGCGUCGCAGUUCGACCGCGUUCCGUAGUAAACGCGGCCUGCUCGCCAAAGAGCGCUCUCUCGAUGAGCAGGCCAUACGCCGACGCACGCUCGAAUCGAAGCGUAUGAGUUGUGACUCGCUGCCAUGGGGCGGCGAUACCAACGAUUAUCGGCGUGGCACUAUUUUCGAAAGUCUCGAAUCGGAUGGCGGCGGUAGCCCCUCUUCAACGUAUGAUGUGCGUAGCAUACGCAGCGAAGACGUAGCUGCGACAGCUAAAGCUACAGCACACGGUAGUGGCGCCUCCGAUGCGCUGAGCAUUGUGAGCGCCAGCGUGAUCAGUGAAAAGAUCACAACACCUAUAACAACACCCUUAUCAACAAAUGUGGCAACGGCAGCUUUGCCGAGCGUUGGCACAACAGCUAACGCAGCGGCGCCACGUCGCGCCUAUGGACGUUCACUCUCCACCGAUCAAGCAUAUGCGUCUAUUGUUGGCGGUUCGAGUAGCGGACGCGGCGGCUUACUGUCCGUACCGCGUAGCAUGCCACCACGCAGCCGUAGUGGCAGCACAAAACAAUUAUUUAAGCAACAAGCACUCGACGAAGAUCCCGAUAUGGAUGAGAACACUCUACUAUUGCCUAUUGUGGUCGAGAGCAGCUGUGAUGGCAAUGCAACCAACAGCAGCAGUGGCAUCACAACUGCCAACGGCAAUGGUAAUGGCAACAUGCACAACACUAACGACAAACUUAACAAUAAUAGCUGUAGCGGCGCUAAUAAUCGCAUUGCCACCGCCAAUGGCAAUGGCGCUACAGCUGCGGUCGUGGAACAGCUUGCUUUAAGCAAAUCUGACUCGGCCGAUAUAAUGCGCAUCAUUUCGGAGCGCAGGCGCAUGGAUCAGCGUGAUAACAGCGGCAAUGAGGAUUCAGACUACAAAGAAUUGCUGCUGGUAAAGUCACCGCACUCCUCUACGGAUGGAUAAAUGGAAUUAAAUACUAUAAGCUAGAAGGUACUGUGCUAGAUUAAGUUAAUAUUUAUGUACUAAGUAAAUGGAAUUUUAGUAGUUAGCUAUAUAGGCCUCCUAACAAGUAUGCGCAAGAAUUGAAAUAUUUUAGUGGCAAAUUGUAUAUAGAAAUGUGUCUUCUAAGUCUAAAUUUGUUGCAUACAGCAGUGGUUCAUUUCAAGGAAACUUUAUUUUAUAGAAUACUUAAACCUACGAACUCAAAACCAGUCGCAAAAAGUUUGAAAUAUCUUAGUGGACUUUUUAAAACCUUUUCUGCCACAAAUAAAGACAAUUCGACCUAACCUAUAGCAAAAAAAACUCAUGCUUUCUCAGCAUCACUAACUCGAAGAACUCAAAAGCCAGCGGAAAUCGUGACCAGCUUAAUUUUGUUGCACUACAGUUUCAAAUGUAACUGAAAAUGUUACAAAUUUCUCCUUCAAAACUUUUUUAAAUGUGCUACACUGAAAUAUGUAUUAAAAACCCACUAGCCCUUUUGAGAAAAAAAAACUAUGAAUUUAGCAAAGUUCUGCACCAUUUAUAGCUUGUUUACACCAUGUAAUUCCCAAUAUUUCGCAUAAAAUCAUUAGUUUAAAGUUGAAAUACGCGAUUUUUACUUUCGAAAAAUAUUGAAAUUGCUUCGUUUCAGAACUAACAACAUAGGAAAUUUAUGUAAAAGGCAAAACAACACAAAUUUGUUGAAUUCAACAAAAUUCACCACCAAUCAGCAUUUGUUAUCAUUUAGCCGAACACUAAACCGGCGCUUUAAUAGCUCACACACUUGAAAAAAUACUUCUGCUAUUAAAUUAUAAUAUUUUUUUCGGUUAGGCAAAAUUCGUGCGAAGAGCAUAGCAUCAUAACAACUAUGAACUUUUCAGUUAACCCUUACUACAUACAACUCUGUAGUUAUGAUAGUGGGCCGCUUCUGCCAACUUUUAGGGAAUUCGCUUACCUAUACCACUAACUGUAUAAAUGUUUAGCACUAAAUUCGAACAAUUUACUUUCUGUUUUGAGUUUUUCAACGAAAGAUAGUAAAUGAAAAACUAAUAUUAUUAAAUGCAAAAUGAAAAAAAUAGUUUUAAGUAAAAUAUGCAAAAAAUAUAUAUGUAUGUAUGUACAGAUGGCAUCAACCUUAGACUAGCGCAGUUGUUGACAUGCAAUUUCUGAAAAAUUAAAACAACAGAAACAAUUGUUUCUUUUUACAGUUAUGUAAAUGCAACACUGUAAAAGUUGCAAAUUUGUCUCUAAAAAUCAUCAACUCUGUGAUUAGCUGUAAAAAAAUGUUGAUUAAAAAUCAAAGCUCAAAAAUGUUGAGAAGAAUUAGUAUAAUAUACAUAUGUAGCUACAAAUUACUUUUAAUUAAUUACAAUUCUUUGUAUAUAAACAAAACUAUUACAAUGCAGCCCACCAUGGCAAAUAUAUUGCAAAAUUAUAUUAUUAUAUGAUUUUCAUUGAUAACAAAGCGGUAAAACGCUGAUUGGCGUAAAAGUUGGUAACAGUUGUUCGCAUAACCUUCCUAAACACAACUAGUGCAGCAGAUUGUGCAAAAAUUGCAUAUAUCGAUACAAAAAAUAUGUAAAAAUUUAGAAAAUAUAUGUUUAGCAAUUAAGUUUAGUUAGCAUUUAAAAAAAAGCAUCGUUAAAAACUUAACAAAACUUUUAAAACAGAGAGCUGACGGUUCACAAAAGUCUUGUAAAAUCGGUCUGCUCACAGAGCUGGCGGGUAACUAUAAAAUUUAUUUAAACUUGUUUAAAUGAAGCAUUAUUUAGCAUUAAUUAUUGUGUAGUACUAAAAUCAUGUGCGAUUGUUGUCAACGAAACGCAUUGAAAUAUUGUUUUUUAAAUAAAUGCAAUAUUAGCGAUAAGCGAUAAACGAUUAACGAUUACA